CGGGCCCGCCGGGAGCGAGGGCCGCCAUGGCGCUGGAUUUCCUCGCUGGAUGCGUCGGCGGUGCUGCCGGAGUGCUCGUGGGACACCCCUUUGACACCGUUAAGGUUCGUCUACAAGUUCAAAAUGUAGAAAAACCUCUGUACCGUGGGACCUUCCACUGCUUUCAGUCCAUCAUAAAGCAAGAAUCUGCUUUUGGACUCUAUAAAGGCAUUGGGUCGCCAAUGAUGGGACUUACCUUCAUUAACGCACUUGUAUUUGGUGUACAAGGAAACACCCUUCGCGCUCUUGGAAAAGACACUCCUCUAAACCAGUUUAUUGCCGGGGCAGCAGCAGGAGCUAUUCAGUGUGUCAUCUGCUGCCCCAUGGAGUUAGCCAAGACGAGAAUGCAGCUUCAAGGAACAGGUGAAUACAAGCUAAAGACGAAGAACUACAAAAAUUCUCUGGACUGCUUGAUCAAAAUCUAUCGAAAGGAAGGGCUGAGGGGUAUCAACAGGGGCAUGGUCUCUACGUUCAUAAGAGAGACACCAAGCUUUGGCUUCUACUUCCUCACCUAUGACUGUAUGACCAGAUACUUAGGCUGCGAAGCUGAAGACAGUUUCGUUAUUCCCAAACUGCUGUUUUCUGGAGGGAUAUCGGGAAUCGUGUCCUGGCUCUCAACCUACCCUGUGGAUGUGAUCAAAUCCCGGCUGCAGGCAGACGGAGUUGGCGGAGUCACCCAGUACAAGGGCAUUCUAGACUGUGUCCGGAAGAGUUACCACGACGAAGGCUGGAGGGUGUUCACAAGAGGUCUGACCUCCACCCUUCUCCGCGCUUUUCCCGUUAAUGCAGCUACUUUUGCUACUGUCACCGUGUUCCUAAUGUACAUGAGGUCAGAAGACGACCUCCGGGAGUGCGAGCCAGGCCCUGCAAUCCAGCAACCUUCCAGUUUGUGAACGUUACAUUUUUCCUCUUGAUUCAAAGCUCCCCCCCCCCUUUUUUUUUAAUGUAGACACUUGACUUAAAGUGUUGUAAAUAUAUUCUCUCUGUAUAAAAAUUCCAAAAUGCGUCAAAAUUAGUGUUUCAUCUCAUCACUUGUACAAGCAGCAUAUGGCCUUACUAAGGACCUAAUAUCUAAAUGUAUCCACGUAAGAUGGGACCUGCCUUUAGAAACUACUGUACAGAUAUUGCUGUGUGUCCAGAGCAGGAUCUGGAGGAUGCCACAGUACCAGAAAGCAGUUUUUCUUCCACCCAUGUUCUGAGUGACUGAGUUGAAUCAAAUGCACGAGUGUCUUUAGAUUUUUUUUUUUGUGUAUAUGAUAGUCCUAUACAGGGAAGCAGGGCUAGGGUGAGAAGUUAAACGUUGAGAGCAUUUUGCAGGUACCCCUAAACUGUUUAAGGCAUCCUGCAAGCCAUGUGCUUCACUCUUCCUCUGUUUUUAGGUCAGUGGUUUUAGUAGCAUCUUUGUUCAUGUUGGUUAAGAACUGAUUUGUUCCUGAGCUAUUCUCUCACCUUUCUGCUUUGCAUAAGUAUCUUAAACACAAACAGAGGUAGCACCUACAUUCAUGUGCACUCGUUCCUUCAAAUUUCCAGGCUAGGAAGGAUUUAAGAUGACUCAGAACUACCCAGAUUAUGUUUUUUACCUUCAUCUCCAUUUCUUACUGGGUGCACAGAAUGUAUGAACCAGCUUCAGCCCAACUAGAUUUUGUUCUCUGAAUUGUGUGACUUUGUUACCUGUGUUACUGUUCCAAACGUAGUGGGUGCAAUGUUAGCUUAGCAGUUUUAGGUACUAAAGAUGUACAGACAUCUUUAGCAGUGGAGGUUUCAUACCCUUCCAGAAACAGGGGUGCAAGUGUCCGAAAUGGUUAACGUUCAAUACGCUUGCGUUGUGAAUUUAAACAAUACUGGUUUUUAAGUGUUUAGUUACAGUGCUACUAGAAGGAAGCAGUCUGUUCAAGAUGAAUUACUUCAGAGUAGGAGCUAUAAACACUUACUAAAGAGAAACCACGACUGUUUUGGCACAAACAGCCAUGAGAAACUAGUGCAUGGGGUGGGGAAUAUUUACAAAAGCAUCAAGCUCGCUCAGUAAGUAAAUCUUGUUACACUUUUGCUUGGGACAUGUGCAAUAUGUGUUUAAUUUAUAUGGAUUUUUCUAAAGAAACCUUAAUUCAUAGCAUUUUGCACUGUAACAAAGUAUGCUGGAGAAACCUGUAAACUGGUAAAACUUUUUAUACCUUGGAGGUAUGUCGGAUGUUUUAGUGCCUACUUGCACUGAGAUUCAAAUUGAAUGUUAAACAUGUCUACUAAGCUGCACAUGCACAACGAUUCAA